GAUGUUUCACGCGAAAAUUGAGCGCUUUAUUAGCAUUUGUGAUAUUUUGAUUGUGUGCCAAAUUGUAGUGAUUCAAUCAAAAUUUAAUCUAAAAUCGGUUGAUUUCCUGAAGACCUUCCAGGAUCCACUAACAAGAAAAUUGUGCAAAUUAAGAACCAAUGAAUUGAUUGAAUAUAAUGGUUACCGUGCAGAGGAACAUAAUGUCAUCACCGAAGAUGGAUACAAUUUGACGAUUUUUCGAUGCAAUUCAAAGAACCGAUCACCAGACAAGGAUAAAGUAGUAGUUUUACAUCAUGGUUUGCUAGCAUCAUCUGAUGAUUAUUGCAUGAACGUUCCGAGUCAAUCAUUGGCAUAUAUUUUGGCGGAUGCCGGCUAUGACGUUUUCUUAUCUAACUCAAGGGGCAAUUCUUAUUCACGAAGUCAUAUCACACUAACUCCAAAUGAUAAACGAUUCUGGAACUUUUCAUGGUACGUGAUAGCCAUUUAUGAUUAUCCAGCCGUGUUUGAUUAUGUUAUUAAAGAGACCAAACAGACGAAAGUGAAUGUUGUGGCCUUUUCGAUGGGCACUACAUCUAUGAUGACCCUUUUAUCAGAUCGGCCUGAGUAUAAUGAUUACGUUCGUGCGGCGAGCCUUAUGGCACCAGUCGGAUACAUAAAAUAUGCUGGAGCUUUCUAUCAAACACUGGAAUCUUUUCACAAAUUUUUAGUAAGAUUUUCCAAUACAGAACUGCUGCCAAAAGGUAUUCUCACUGAAUUAUUUGCCACAUUUUGUGGCGCUAGUUUUCAACCACUAUGCGAAAAGUUAUCUUAUAUAAUUUUUGGCCCGAGUCAAGGACAAGUUAAUCACACAAUGAUGGCGAAUUUUUUCUGUCAUUUACCAAGUGGUACUUCAUUAAAUCAAAUACUUCAUUACGGUUCAGAAAUACGUCAUAACUAUUUUGGAGAAUAUAUGCGAGGCUCGACAGUACCACCAGAUUUCAAUUUGUCGCAAAUUCGGGCCCCAAUCUCACUGCAUUAUUCACCUAAUGAUAUACUAGGCGAUCCAAAAGAUGUGGCAAAAUUAAUUCCAAAGUUAAACAAUUGUCUGGCUCGUGUUCAAUUUGUAAACCAAACGAAGUUUAAUCAUUACGAUUUUAUCUGGGGAAUCCAAGCGGCUGAAUUGGUUUACUCAAAUAUUAUGUCAUUUUUUAAUGAACAUCAAUAA